UACCGAACAGAUAGAUCCAAUUUUUGCACGUGAUGCCGGCGAAUCUGAUGCACUGGUCACCUGCCUGAAAUGUACGAGUUAUGCUAUGCCAGUGGAUAUUACAACAACAACAAUAGUACUGUCACAGAGCACGUAAUACAUCUAUGAACUUUGGUCGAGGCAUGUUACUUUAAUGCGUAUAUCACUAUAUGACAGAUGACAUGACUGAAGUUGAUAAUGGCUGAGCGGAUUCGAACACUAACAGGACACUUGGUUCGCCACACUGGUAAAAAGAGCCCAGAUGUUCAAAAUGUUUCUGGGAAUUUGUCCCCUGCCGUACAGAGCUCUUUUCGGUACACCCUUGAGAACCCCUUGAAAACGUUAACCAAAAACCAGCGGAAUUUCUAUGAGGAAAAUGGAUAUCUUGUCAUAAAAUAUCUGGUGCCAGUCUCUGCCCUCCAGUCUUACAGAAAGAGGUUUGCGGAGAUUUGUAAUGGAGAAUGUACAGUUCCAGGAUUAACUGUAAUGAAAGAUGUGGCUUUGGCAAAGUCUUCCCCUAUCCAAGGAGAAAAGGCAGUCGUAAAAAUCCAAGAUUUUCAGUAUGAUGAUGCUCUUUUUCAAUACUGCUGCUUGCCACAGAUUAUACGAUAUGUGGAGAAUUUCACUGGGCCCAACAUAAUGGCUAUGCACACAAUGCUGAUCAACAAACCACCAGAUCUAGGUAAGAAAACUUCUCGCCAUCCAGUCCAUCAGGACCUGCACUACUUCCCAUUUCGCCCUGCCGAUAGAAUAGUGUGCUCCUGGACAGCAAUGGAGAAAGUUCAUCGUCAAAAUGGAUGCCUCGUUGUGGUGCCAGGAUCUCACCAAGGGGACUUGAAGCCACAUAGCUACCCAAAAUGGGAGGGAGGGGUCAAUAAGAUGUAUCAUGGCAUAACGAAUUUCGACCCGACCCUUCCCAUGGUGCACCUGGAGAUGGAUCCUGGAGACACAGUUUUCUUUCAUCCUCUUCUGAUUCAUGGAUCUGGAACAAACAGGACGGAUAGUUUCAGAAAGGCUAUUUCUUGCCACUAUGCGAGUACAGACUGCCAUUUCAUUGAUAUUGCCGGAACAUCUCAAGAGAACUUGGCUGAGGAAGUAAUAGACUUGGCAGUUAAGCGCACAGGCUUGCCUCGAGAGGACAUACAAUUUAAGGACAUUUGGACUCUGAAAUCCCGCUGUGUGAAGGGGGAGCAGAACCAUUUGCAAGGAUAUUAGUCACUACUAUCCCAUGUUCCAACAGACGUGCCUGCAAGAAACAGGGUGGCCUGCUUUCAGACUGACACGUGCAUUGUUUGCCAGUAAGACAAUCAUUCCUGUGCAAUCCCAAUGAGAGAAAUGACUUGAAACAAAGUCUGCUACAACAAAAUGCCUUCAUGGGCAAGGAGUAAUCAGUAUUUAGUCACAUACUUUUGCCAGAGAAGAGUCUGUUAUAAAUAUUAAAUUAAGAGAAAGCUGAAUAAGUUAAAUAAAACAAUUUCUCAGUCAAUUAAAUGUGCAAAUAUAGCUUUAUGGAAAUUCAUUUACAAUUAGGUGUUUCAGGAAAAAGGUUUUUAUAUCCCAUCAUUUUCUGUGUACUCCAGUGUCAUAAAAAGGAACUAAAACCUCAUGCCUCAACGAAAUCACAAAAAUUUAGGCGUUGUAUUACAAGAUCAUAAGAUUGUAAAGUGGAGUUGAUACGUGUAAUUUCAUCAUCUGUACUGACCCAAACUUGUGAUUGUUAAUAUGUGUGCAGACCAACAGUAAUCAUACUGCUGUAGGUCACAAGUCCUUGGCAGGUGAGUUUGGGUGAUAUGUUUUUUUUUUUUUGGUUUUUUUUUAAACCCGCGUCAGGUGAGAUGAGGUGGAUAUCUUGGGCCCAUGCCUGGAGGCCUUCACCAGUAAGUGUCACCUAGGUCAUCCGUUGAAAUCUCAUAGGAUGUCCACACAUAUCUUCAGUCAAAUAUUCUUUUUAAAUCUCUGUGAUCAUGUGACCUAAAGUCUGCCUCUGUCUUUUAAGGUAGACACCUUGUUUGGUCAGAACAGUGGCUUUGCUAUUUUACUGAAUUGGUCAAAAAAACUGCGAUUGCAGUGUCAGAAAAAAAUUAACGUUACAAAUGUCAUGUUUAAAGGACGCAACAAAUAAAAACGAUUACCAAAAUAUACAAUUUUAUUCUUUGCAAUGGACCAUCAGUCUUCACCGCAUUCAGACAAGGAGAUGACCCAUGUCCUGCAACCACAUAGUAAUCUCUUUUUUUUUUUUUAACAGGACAUGCUGUUUACUAGAUUGUUUUGAGGAUCAUUGAAAAUUUUGCAUAAUGGCGAAGUCAACAUCACCUCCCAAUGAUUUUUGCGAGAUAUCUAUAUCUGAUAACCUAUUACCAUUUACAUUCUGCACAACUUAAACCUCUCCUGCAUCCAGAAAAUGGAAGUUGGAACCUAACAAUAUACCUGUGUUACCAUGCCAAGUAUUCACCUGAAUCCAGGUUUGUUCCCCAAGUGUGCAGUAUUUGGUUACCCCCCCACCCCCCUCAUAAAUGAGCAGCACUUUAAAGAGCUUGGAAUAUCCUGUAUAUGUACUUGGGGGUUAACAACACAGUGCACAGAGUUGCCACACAUUGAUUAGCCCUACACUGACAUGGGCUAACAGUAUGUAUGAACCAGAUGUGAACUGGUGCAGUAGACUGUUCGUUAUAUCAGAAGUUUGUCAUGUGGGUGAAACAUGUUUGUCAUUGAUAUGUGUGGAGCAGAAAUACUUUAUUUUAGUGUAAUGUAGUUGCAAUUUGUUGUUUAGUUGAUUGUUGACGCCAUAAUCAAGCAUUUUUCAUUUAUCCAAUGGAGAUGGUCAUUUUUAUGAAUGGAGGAAACUGGAAUGCCUGUGAUAUAACUUUAUAGCUACAAAUCUGGUUUAUUUACCUGGGUGGGUGCUUACUUACUGGUUGGAUGUGCAUUAAGGUUGAAUACACAAUAUUUUUUUUUUCAAAACACAAACUUCUUAUAUUUAACUUACACACUGUUUUGAAUAUAACACCUGCUGUUAACUCUGUGUUUGACUGUUGGGCAGAUAAAAGCAUGAAUUUAAACAUAAAACUCAACGAACAGCUGUACACCUCAAAAGUCUUAUCUGAUGAUGCACUUUCAAACAACAAAAGCAAGAGUACCAGGUGGUCAUCGAUUUCAUGAUAUAUAAACAAAUUUAAAUUCAGAUGUAUCACUCGACUGCUUUGCUGCUGCUUCUUUGAGUUCUAAGGCGUUGCAUUCAUAUUUCUUCCUCAGCUAAGACUUGGAUUAAAUGGACCAGGAAAAUUUGUGAUAUUUUAGAAUAGAAAGACCAUUUCAUUUCAUUUAUUUUUUUAUUUAUUCCAUUGGUGUUUUACGCCAUACUCAAGAAUAUUUCACUUAUACGACAGCAGCCAACAUUAUGGUGGGAGGAAACCAGGCAGCUGGACUUGAACUCACAGUGACCGCAUACACCAUUUCAUGCCUGGUUAUAUUUUAGUGUUUUACUUUCCACUCUUUCACAAUUUAUCACAGAGCAAGUUCAUUAUUAUGAUUAAUAUUCAUUAAUAUAGCCACAUGGGCUGUUCAAAGGGCAGUAGGCUUGCAUAAUAUUGCGGAAGUACCAAGAGGAUAAAACUUACAAAACAUAGAUGUAAGUACAUUUACAAAUUCUACAUAUGUGUAUUUGUAAAAUGUAUGUGAAUCAUGGUGGCUUGAAAAAUGCACAACUUUUAAUCUGAAAGUUAUAUGUAUAUAUGAUAAAGCACAUCCCCAUGUAAAUUGCAAAGAACUUGUCCAGUAACAAUGAUGUUCAUAAUACACGUGUAUAACCAA